UCCUCCAUUACCACAUGCACAUCCCAAGCUCCCAGUCCCAACGCGCUGCUGCCUAAACUGUUGUUAUUUUCUGGCGUGUGAUUUAUUUUACUUUCCGUUUAGCAUUUGCCGUUUGACAAUUGAGUAUUUUGUAUUUUUGUUGUGUACGUAAACAUCAUGGCCUCUAAUCAGUGGGUAGUCGGAUUUUUUGAAUCUGAAAAUAAGUAUUCAGUUUUACCAUAUUCUUGGUUAAUAUUUUGUGGAAAUUUAUGGAUUUCAAAAUGGCCUAAAUCUGGUAAUGUUCCUGAACUUAUAAAGUUAUUAGCAGAACCCGAAAUAGACUGGCCAACUUACCCAGUUAAAAUUGUUUCAGAAUUUUUUUAUGUUGAUGCUUCUCAUAGAACUGAUGAAACAUUCAGAAAUAAAUGCGAUGAGUAUUAUCAUAAAGAUUCAAGCCCACUAGAAGAGUUACCCAUAAAUAUAACAUCAACUGUAGUACUUGAGUAUAUGCAUAAUAUUUAUCUUGGUGUUAUGAAAAGAUUAAUUGUUUUUUGGACUAAAGGUAAAAAACCUGUUAGGUUAGUAAAUGUUGAAAGUAUCUCAGAUGAACUUAAUACUAUUAAAUCAUAUUUACCAUCUGAGUUUAAACGUGUUCCAAGGACAUUAGAAGAAGCAGAAUAUUGGAAAGCUACUGAAUUUAGAUUAUUCUUACUUUAUACAGGACCUAUUGUAUUAAAAGGUCGAUUAAAAAAGUCAUUAUAUAAACAUUUUAUGCUUUUAAGCUGUGCCAUUAGAGUUUUAAUUUCUCCUGAAACUUUCAAACUUAUAAUAAUUUAGCAAAAGAAUUGUUGAAACAAUUUGUGAUCGAAUAUUCUUCUCAUUAUGGGGAAGAAUA